AUGUCUGGCCUGGUAGCCAAUGCUUCUGCGACAAAACAGAAGCCUUUAGCCAAGCGGACCAAGACGGCCAACACGAGUGGUCAGAUCAAAGCUGUCUCGAAAGGCCCAAAGACCAACAAAGGUGACCAAGAUGAUGAGCCCGCCAAAAAGCACCCAUUUGUCACAAUAAUUCAGAUUUUUAGUCGUGCUGACAUGGUAAUGGCAGGCGUCAAUGCUGGCAAAGCCAAAAAUAUCGAGACCGAAACGUCUGACAGGAAAUAUUACCCGGCCCCUUCUUCUGAGAAGCGUCCUCGCAACUGGCUUGAAGAACCUUCAAAGUCAUUUCUGGAGCGAUCGUAUCGAUCACAGACUGAAAAAAUGUUUGUUAUCAACCACAAUCUUGACCAUGUGGGCAAAGUACCAGUCAUUACCUUUGACAUUGCUGGAACCACGGGCAACCUCUACAAGACCUCCAUUGGAAGAUUUCCUAGCUGCGACUGCCCGGAUUCAAAAUUCCGGAGGGGCUUGAGUCAGUGCAAGCAUAUUAUUUACAUCCUCAUUCAUGUCCUCAAAGCUCCCGAAGAACUUCAAUUCCAAACGUCCUUCCUGCCUUUGGAACUGUCAAGAAUGCUUGCUGCCUCCCCACUACACAAGAUUGAGCUUGCUUCUAUGGAGGAGAGUCCCCAGAAACCGAUUGAAGGCUCUUGUCCCAUUUGUUUCAUGGACUUUGACUCUACCGAGGAAGUUAUAUGGUGCAGGAAUGGCUGCGGUAACAAGGUCCACAAACUCUGCUUCGAUAAGUGGAUAUCUGCCAACAAAGCAUCUGGCUUGGGUGUCCGCUGCGUUUACUGCCGUACCCCGUGGAGAUUCAGUGAUCCUGGUCAGAACCUUCAAAGUCUUCGAGACAUGGGCUUGCGAGGUAAAAAUGGCUAUGUCAACAUCGGCGAUAAACUUGGGGUUCGGAAUCAGAAUACCGGUUCCCCUGGCCUGUCUUAA